UUUUCUCAUCAGGAAAGCCAACUCAUCGUCGCUGAAAACCACGCCGUGUGUUUACAGUAAUUCAUGAUCGUGUCGCUCGCACCUUCGAGAUGCAACGCGAACGUUUCGUCGUGAAAUAUAUUACGGCAAACAGCUGUUUCGCGUACUUGUCUGCUGUCUGGCUACGCUGUUUGGAGGCUGAGGAAAAUGCAAUAGAAAUAUCACACAAAGGGAAGCUGUAUUAUCUUUCUUGCAUUCCUCGCGCUAAUAACGACGAGACAUUAUGUAUCGGAGCGACAUUCGCGAGAAGUCUGAACAUUCAAGAGGGAGACGAAGUACUCGUGUCAUCUGUGAAAAAUGUACCUUCGUUAAGUAGCAUUAAAAUCGCUCCUCGCACGACGAACGAUCGCGAGCUUCUGGAAUUGCAAAUGGAAAGGGUGCAAUCGAAUCUCUUGAGUCAAGUGAGGAUCGUCGCGAAAGGACAGCCGAUUGUGGCGUGGAUCUCAAAGUUCUCUUCCGUCACUUUUAUUGUGGAAGAUUCGGAGCCGAAAUUUGCAUAUGGAUCGCUCCAGCAAUUCACGGAAGUGCAUGUACUUGAUGCAAUCCCGAAUGCAACGAUAAAGAAUACAGAGGAAGUCGCCCACAAGAUAGGCAGUAAUCCUUUGGCCAAAAUUAUACCUUAUUUUUACAAAGGAAAGGAUCAUCAUGACACGAGAGACAAUGCUGCGAAUUAUGCAUUGUUGCAAAGUUUCCGCAAAAAGAUCGCACCUCGCGCAUUUCGCGUUUAUUCUCUGCCAGAGUUCCGGUCUUUUGAUCACUCGAAUGCUUACGAUAUGAUCCUGCGAUGUCCCUCUAAUGUCCUGAUUCCAAGGAGUCAUUUGCCGAAAAAUGUGAAACCGACGAAUGGAAUAAUUAUGUGUAAAAUCAGAAAAGUAUUGGAAGACAGGCAGCAAGUCACAAAUAACGUCACAAAUUUUUUGAAGGAUGGCGGUCCUUCUCUAUUUCCGAAAUCUCCGCAAGAACUUGUGGCAAGAAUUUAUGUUCUCGAAGACGUUUUAGAAAAGUGCUCCGCGUCAUUAGACAGGAAGUAUUUCGACCUGAAUUCGAUUCACUUUUGCGCGUAUCUAUCGGAAAGUUCGAGGAUCACUCUAAAAUUGAAAGUGGGAAGUAGAGUGAUGGUACAGAUGAUCGAGGAGGCUGAUCGACCCGGAGACUUGCAGCCAUCAUCGGUGGAUAUUUUUCCUUCCAAUCAAUCGGUGACAGCGGAAGUUUUCGAAAAUUACGUGAAAUUCCAUUCGAGACACGAGGCAUUGUUAUUCAAUUCGUGCUCGACAAUUUUACUCGAUGAUGGCAGACGAUGCAUCGUGCGAAUGUCACCCGAGAAUUGCAAUUACGUAACAUUAGACGAAAAAAAUAUGAAAAAAUUAGUAGUUCAUGUUCGGUCUAUGUUGAGUUCGAACGAUGCGGAAAUCUCGGAAAAUUGUACCGAGGAAAGAUUGAACCUGAAGAAAAUAUCCACGAGAUUUAUAAAAGGCAUCCUUGAAGAUUGCGAGAUCGCGCUCGAUCUCAGUUUGCGUCUGCGAAGAUCAAUGGAUUUCCGGUAUGAUCAGGAGAAUAUUUUGAUCUGCGGCGAUCUAGGUUCCGGCAAAACGACAAUCUGCAAAAUGCUAAUCGAGCGUUAUCGCGAUGCACCGUGUUUCGCGCACACGCACAUGAUUGAUUGCAGGUCGCUGAAAGGAAAGAAGGUAGAGACAUUGCAGAAAAUCAUUGUGUCCGCCAUGAAUGAAUGCGUGUAUUAUCAACCAUCCAUACUGUUUUUGGACGAUUUGGAGAGUAUUACCAAUGCGUCAUUAAACGACGAGGAAAAUACAAUAGACGCGACAAAUGCAUCCAGAAUCACCGAUAUGCUGUUUAAUAUUGUCACGCAAUAUCAAGAAUCUCAUUACAUUUCGAUCGUCGCUACUUGCAUCAGCGUGAGCAGGAUCGGCUCGAAAUUACGACCGGCGAGAGGAGUGCAAUUCUUUAGGACGGUCUUGCAGAUUCCUAAUCUUGAGAAGGUGGAUAGAAUCGAUAUUUUGCGAUUAACACUCGAGGACAAGUUGUGCGUGCCCGGAGACAUGAAUUGGAAUUACUAUGGAAACAAGACCGAGGGCUGGAUGCCUCAGGAUCUUGUCGAUUUAACAGAGAAGGCGAGAUUCGUCGCAUGGAAGCGUCACGGCGAAUCAAAACCACCGAUUAUCGUGACGGAAGAAGACGUGUAUAGCGCGCUGGAAAAUUGGACGCCGAUGUCCUUGCAGGACGUGCAAUUGUACAAGAAUAGCAAUCAUUCUUGGUCCGACAUCGGCGGCCUCGCAGACACGAAGAGUUCUCUCACGGAAAUUCUGCAGUGGCCGCUCACGUACCCAGAGAUCUUCAAGAACGCUCCGAUAAAACUCCAGAGCGGUGUUCUGUUGUACGGAAUGCCUGGUACCGGGAAGACGAUGUUGGCCAAAGCAAUCGCCGGCGAAUGCGGAGUGAAUCUGAUCAGCAUCAAGGGUCCAGAAUUAUUGUCAAAGUAUAUAGGUGUCAGCGAGGAAUCUGUGAGAAACGUGUUUGAAAGAGCUCGUCGUGCAAAGCCGUGUGUUUUAUUCUUCGACGAAUUCGACAGUCUCGCACCUAGACGCGGACACGAUAGCACCGGAGUUACUGAUCGGGUGGUGAAUCAGCUGUUAACUCAACUUGAUGGGGUUGAAGAUCGCGAGGGAGUAGCUGUUGUGGCAGCGUCCUCAAGGCCCGACUUGCUUGACCCUGCUCUUUUGAGACCGGGACGCCUCGACAAGUGUUUGCACUGUCCUUUACCAGACAUGUUGGAAAGAGAGGCGAUCUUUGCGGUUCUGUGCGAUUCUCAAAAUAUAGACAAGGCGAAACUGGAUCUGAAGGAACUAUCUCAGCUCUCCGACGGAUUUACUGGCGCUGAUAUCAACGCCGCGAUUACUCUGGCGAGACUGUCAGCGUUCGAAGAUGCCUUGGCAAUUGCAACUGACGGUAAAGUUAAUGCAACCGACAUCAAAGUCACGCAAACGCAUCUCGUAGAGUCUGUCAAGUCGACAAGACCAUCCUUGUCUAUCGCGGAGAAACUUAAAUACGUCAAAAUUUACGCCAGAUUUUCCAAGGGGGAUAACUUUGUGGAAGAUGUACUAAGGAGCCAAAAGACGACACUAGCUUAAUCGAACAAGAAAAUUACAAUUAAAAUUUUAGAAUUAGAAUUAGAAUUUUUUUUCAAAUGGAGCCAAAACUUUUCAAACGAAAAA